GGCGUGCCGCAUGUUUUUAGUUCAAGCGUUUCCACCCACAGCAAGGAGGUUUUUCUCCCUGGAUAGGAUACGAACGAAGUGCCUGGUGUGGAUGUGCCUUUUUCGGUAAGCUACACGAGCUGUUGCGGCAUUAAACAACAUCAUCAUGGCAAAGCAAAAGGGAGAGCGCAAGAAGAGCGCAAUGAACGAUGUUGUGACCCGUGAGUACACCAUCAACCUCCACAAAAGGCUGCACGGAGUCGGAUUCAAGAAACGCGCCCCGCGAGCUGUGAAGGAGAUCAGAAAGUUCGCAGAGAAACAGAUGGGCACCCCUGAUGUGCGUGUUGACACUAGACUCAACAAGCAGAUCUGGUCUAAGGGAAUUAGGAACGUUCCAUUCCGCGUCCGUGUUCGUUUGUCAAGGAGAAGGAACGACGAUGAGGACUCGCCUCACAAGUUGUUCACCCUCGUCACAUACGUCCCUGUGGCCGCUUUCAAGGGAUUGCAAACCGAAAAUGUUGACGCGAACCAGGAAUAAACUUAACCUUAUAAUAAAUAAUUAA